UGACUGUGUUCUUAAGCACUUUGACUCCAAAAUUCUACUUUGCCCUUACAGUGACUUCAUCUUUUAUAUCUGGCUUGAUAUUUGUGUUUGAGUGGUGGCAUUUCCGAAAAUACGGCACGUCUUUCAUUGAGCAGGUUUCUGUGAGUCAUCUGAGGCCCCUCAUCGGCGGAGUGGAAAACAGCCCUCCAGCACCAGCAGCAUUCUCGGCUGGAGAGAAUGAGACGAGCAGGCAGAACAUGCCAGAGUGCAAAGUAUGGCGAAACCCUCUCAAUCUUUUCAGAGGGGCAGAGUAUAGCAGGUACAUGUGGGUGACUGGGAAGGAGCCUCUUACAUACUAUGACAUGAAUUUGUCUGCUCAAGAUCACCAGAACUUUUUCACGUGUGAUACAGAUGCCCUUCGGCCCUCAGACACAGUUAUGCAGAAAGCAUGGCGAGAGAGAAACCCGCAAGCCCGGAUUAAAGCAGCCUAUCAAGCUUUGGAGUUGAACAAUGAUUGUGCCACUGCAUAUGUCCUCCUUGCUGAGGAAGAAGCAACAACUAUUGUGGACGCUGAGAAGUAUUUCAAGCAGGCUCUGAAAGCAGGAGAAAUGAUUUACAGAAAGUCUCAGAACUGCCAUUCCCAAAGUCCCCAGCAUGAAGCACAGCUGAGAAGAGACACCAAUGUAUUGGUAUAUGUGAAAAGAAGACUAGCUAUGUGUGCAAGAAAACUUGGAAGAAUACGAGAAGCAGUAAAAAUGAUGAGAGAUCUGAUGAAAGAGUUUCCACUUCUCAGCAUGCUGAAUAUUCAUGAAAACCUCCUGGAGGCACUGCUGGAGUUACAGGCCUAUGCAGAUGUCCAGGCAGUGUUAGCAAAGUAUGAUGAUAUCAGUCUUCCAAAAUCAGCAGCAAUAUGUUACACAGCAGCCCUGUUAAAAGCCAGAGCUGUUUCAGAAAGGUUCUCCCCAGAAACUGCCUCCAAAAGAGGGCUUAGUACAGCAGAAAUUAAUGCUGUGGAAGCAAUUCACAGAGCUGUGGAGUUUAACCCGCAUGUUCCAAAGUAUUUGCUAGAAAUGAAAAGCUUAGUGCUACCUCCAGAGCAUAUUCUGAAACGAGGGGACAGUGAGGCAGUAGCAUAUGCUUUUUUUCACCUCCAGCAUUGGAAGAGGAUAGAAGGGGCUCUAAAUCUGCUACACUGUACGUGGGAAGGCACAUUUAGGAUGAUCCCAUACCCGUUAGAGAAAGGUCAUCUUUUCUAUCCCUAUCCGAGUUGCACAGAAACAGCAGACAGAGAACUGUUGCCAACAUUUCACGAAGUCUCCGUUUACCCACAGAAGGAACUUCCCUUUUUCAUCCAUUUCACAGCAGGCCUAUGUUCUUUUUCGGCAAUGCUUGCCCUCCUCACGCACCAGUUCCCCGAGCUGAUGGUCAUUUUUGCUAAAGCUGUGCUGCGGGUGCUGUGGCCGGUGAGUGCUCCCAGCGUUCUGGCCUCCAGCUGA